UUACUACAAAAUUGAAAAUCCCAAUGCUAUGAUUUUUUAACGGGACCAGGGAAUGGUAAAAUUGAAGAACAUACUCUUGAAUUUCAAUAAUUUAAAGUCAUUAUUUCAGGUGGAAGUGAUAAGGAAAAAACCCCCCAAAUUACAAAUAGCUUGUAGGCACAAUUAGGGCACAGAUCGUCUCCUCCAAUUAGGGCACAGAUCGUCUCCUCCAAUUUUGGCGCAAUUGCUGUGUAUUCUUAUUUCUCGACAACAGAUAAAGCAUGACAGUGGACGACAACAGCUCCAUAUACGUCGGUGGCCUCCCCUACGACAUUACUGAGGACGGCCUCCGCCGCAUAUUCUACGUGUACGGCGCCGUCAUCGCCGUCAAGAUUAUAAAUGACCGAACUGUUGGGGGAAAAUGCUACGGGUUUGUUACUUUCGCUAAUCCAAGGUCAUCGGUGCAAGCCAUCAGGGAGAUGGACGGAAAGAGCAUUCAUGGGCGAGUUGUCAAGGUCAAUGAUGUUAGAAGUAGGAACGGGAAACCGCACUUUAAUCGUGACUCUCGGCGUGACUCGGAUAGAAGUAUAGAUGGUGAUAGAGGUAGAGAUCACGGAAGAGAGGAUAGUUAUGAUCGGCACCGUCAUCAUGAUGGGCAUAGGGACAGGUCUCUUGACCAUGAAGAAAACAGGGAGAGAGGCCACGAUUGGACACAUGGUCAUGAUCGCAUGAGGGAUCAUUAUGUGGAUGAAGAGAGAUUUCGAGACUAUAGCAGACAUGCAGAUGAUGUUGAGCAGGAUCAUGGGAGAAAGCGUGAGCGCGACUGGGAUAGAGAUGGUGAAAAGAAUACUGAGCAACAGAGAAACGCCAUUCAUCAUAGAAGUGGGGACAAGGAUAAUGAGCAACAACAUCAUUAUCCGAAGAGAUCCAGAUUUGAUGAUCAUGGGAGUAGGGAGAUUUCGUUGGAUUCUUUCAAUGAUGAAAUGGAUCAGGGAGAAAACCAAUUAGCAGUUUUAAGUCUGAAGCUUCAAGAACUUCGUAAAGAGAGAUCUGAGAUGGAAGAAUUAGUUGCUGAAAAACAAGAAGUUGUUUCUCAGUUGCAAGAGAAUUACCAGAAAUUGGAGGAUUCUGUAAUUGCUGCGAAGAAGCUAACUUCACGUCGUCACAUACAAUUAACCAAGCUGCAUAAAUGUUAUCUGCACAUGAGAGACUGUGAUGACAGAUUCAAACAAGCGGAACAAGAACUCCAGUGGCUUGUGGAUUCAACUGCAACCGAGUUGGGAAACGACGGGGGAGGUGUGGGUGACGGUAUAGUCACAAAUGGGAGGGCUUGAUAUGUUUUUUAGGUGUGGGUGACGGUAUAGUCACAAAUGGGAGGGCUUGAUAUGUUUUUUAGGCAUCAAAUAUCAGUGUCAUGUGUAACUUUCUUUAAACUCAGCUCUAACCAACAACAAAGUGCAAGGUAUCUGUUCCAUCAUGAUUCUACAUUAUCACUAUCCAAAAUUUAUUGCUUGGCCUAGAUCACAUAAACAAUCAAGUCAAAGCCAAACAAAUGAUGCAAGGCAGUUCUACAGUUCUUGAGUUGUAGAACCUGGAGUUUCUCUUAUCAAACAAUCACCCCGGCUAAGGCGCUUAGCUCAUAACUCAGAGAAACAAGAGCUCUAAUAACAUUUUGGAGAAUGAUAGUAUUAUUUUAACUGUUAGACAAUAGUACUUAGUUCUGAUGUAAAUGUUUGUUCAGAUUAUAUAUUGAUUGUUUUGCUGCUUGUUAUUA